AUGGAUAACAACAUCAACAGCAGCAACAGUGAUAGUAACAGUAGUACGACGACAAAUAGUGAUGAGAUAAUUACCACCUCACAUCAGUAUCAACCAACACAUACAUAUACAUUGCCAAAGAAUGAAAGAUAUCGAUUCUAUUCAUUGGCUACAGAUAUAACAGGUGAUCUAAUUGCAAUAGGAUGUGAGCGAAACCUACUCAUUGCCAAUCUCAACAACAACAACAACACCUUUAGUGGCGCAGCAGACACGUCUGUAGCCAAUGUCAAGAAGGUGUCUCUUAAGGAGGUCGAGUGCAAUCUACUCCAAUGGUGUAGUGACAGGUCACAAUCACAGUUGAUUGCAACAUCUAGUUCAAACAAUAUACAUCUAUGGGACAUUAGGAAGGAGACAUUGGAACAUACAUUCGCCAAGGCACAUCUUAGGAGUAUAGCAUCUAUGUCAUGGAACAACGUGGACACCAAUCUAUUAGCGAGUUCAAGUGGUGACAACCUGGUCAAGAUAUGGGAUAGGCGCGAAGAUAAGACGUCGCGAAUGAACAGUAUCGACACCAACUCUUUCAUAACACACGUGGCCUGGAACCCUCACUCCUCCUCAAUGUUAGCAUCAUCACAUCAUGGUGUUCUAAAGAUAUGGGAUAUACGUAAAUUCGGAUCACCUCUGACAUCAUGGAACUCACAUGUUGGAACAGCAAGAUCAUUGGACUGGCACUCAACCAACAAGAGCACGAUCAUGGUCUGUGGGUCCGAUCACUGCAUCAGAGUAUGGGACGCUUCGCCACCCAAUCCUUCAAUCAAGACCUUCCAGACCGGUCACUUGUGCACCAAAGCAAUGUUCCUGCCAUUCUCCAAACAUUAUAAUGUGGCCAGCUUCUCAACAAAGAGCUUCAAUAGCAAUAUAUCAAUAUGGGCUGGUAAUGGUGACUCGCCGAUGAUAUCACUGACAGGACAUCAAGAUGCAAUGAUUGACUUUUCUUGGCGUGUCCAUGACAAUCAACACAGUCUAGUAUCAAUCUCAAAGGAUUGCACAAUCAAACAAUGGACAUUCAGUGAUGAGCGUAAAGAGAUCAUUGAUACGAUAUCAUCUGCACUGAUUGAUCAACCUCAGAGAAGGAGGAAUAGUUGGAAGACGUUGGUACCUGAUGACCUGUCGCAAGAGCUACAGGUGAUCGCCAAUGAGAAGUAUGAUAAUAUAAUAGUAGAGAAAACCAGUCUGACCGACAGGCUGUGCAUCAUCAACAUCGAGAAUCGCAAGGUGAUUGUAGUGAUCUCACUGCCAUCACUCUAUCCAUCUGCCCCGCCCUGUUUCGAAAUACUCACCAAGGAUCCAACAUCCAACAAGAUCAAGAUAGUGCUCAAGAAGGAGUUUGAUCACCUAUCACAUGAGUUCAUGGAUUUGGAGAGGAAUAACAAGACAAAGAAGCCAUUCCUUUAUAAGAUACUGAAGAAGUAUAGCCAGAACCAUUCAAACAAUGCAGAGUCAUUCAAUGAGAUCAGUUCAGUGAUGGACUCUCCCAAUCUGAUACAACGUUUGGGCAACAGUGGCAAGUCAACAUCAUCAGUGCCAACACUCAGAUUGAGUCUACAAGAUGAUGAUCUGUCAGGUGACACCUCAAAUCAAUCAUCAUCAGUUGAUCCACUACUGGAACAAUAUCAAAGUCCAUCUAUCAAGUCUAGGGCAACAGAGGACCACCUACUCACUCAGCGUACCUCUCCAAGAGCCAUACCAUCAACAACAUCCAAGCCACCAAAGUCUAACAAUCCAGUCUUCUAUCCCUCAUUCGUACCAAUGCCACCAAACUAUCAUAAUGCAUCUCAGUCUGUUACAUUUGAGAUGUACCAUGUCAAGCCAACAGACACACUCACAGGCAUUGCGCUUCAAUUCUCAAUGCCUCGUGAUAUCCUUAUGCAAACCAACAGACUAUUCUCUGAUAAGCUAAUGCCUGGAGCAGUACUCUGGGUAUAUCGCAAGAAAGAUCAACAACAUACUUUAUCAGGACAACAGGAUCACUCAUCAUCAUCAAUGACACAGAGUGCAGGUAACUUACCAUCGAUAACAGUAUCCUCUGGCACCAACAACCACAACAACAAUAGCAACAACAACAACAAUAUGUCGGAUAACAAUGGCAAACCAAGAUCAAGAGCAGGAUCAACUGUAAACAUCAACAAUCUGUUCAAACCUAUGAAGGAGGAGGUGGAGAUGGCCUUUAAGACAUUGGAGACCAACAGCAAUAUGUCUUCGCCAUCAACUGCGACAUCGACUACCACCUCUGGCACCAAACCAUCACCAAAGACAGACUCGACCGAGAAGCGUAGUUUCGCCUCAUUCUCUCGCUUUACUCAGAUAACCAAAGACAAGGUGGUCAAGGAGGAGCUUAUCUGCUACAUGAAGAGCAAGCAGGUACAGGGCACACUGACUCUGACGCCCUACCAAUUCAUCUUCCAGUCCAACGAGAAGAGUCCCACACAGAUCUACACCGACUACAAUCAAAUCAUCUCUUGUAAAUACUUUCCCAACCAUGCUGAAUGGUUGGCGCACCUCUCCAAGGACUGGAAGAAGGAACAAUAUGUCAUUCAAAAGAAGAACCAGGAGAAGGAUUCAGAGUAUGAUAACUUCAUCCAGGCAGAGAUAACAAAGUUGAAUGAGAUGGGCGAGGAGAUGAAGACGAUCAAUGUCAAUAACGAGAAGAGGAAGGUACUGGUCUUCCCAUGUAUAUACGUCCUGAUCCAUAAGGACAAGUUCAUCCAGACAUUGUUCUUUAGAGGUGUCGACGAGGAGAGCGUACACAAAUGCUUUGCAUUCCUCAAGCAGUCAAUCUCUGAGAUCAAGGAUGGCUCUGGAGGUGGGUCAGGCUCACCACUGGUACAUGGUGUGUCACCUUUGAUGAAUGGCAACAACAGUACGAAUCAUCAUGCAGCUCCACCACCCAUUCCAUUCUCUUUGGAUUCAUCACCAGUUCUAUCAUCGGCGCGCUCAUCAUUCGAUCAAGACAACUACUCCCCAUCGCCCAAGUUGAAGAUGCUUGGCAACAACAAGUUUAGCGAACAGGUACUUCUCACGGCUGAUCUUUUCAAGAAGCUGCGACACUACCUACCCAUCCAUGUACAGGCAUCAGACAUUGAACUAAAGUACAACUCAACCAAUGAUGGUGUAUCAUUCAACACCUUUUAUCGAAAGAUGAGGAAUGUUCCACAAUCAAUCCUAUUGAUCAAGGACAAUGGAGGAUAUGUAUUUGGAGCAUACUGCUCGGCAGAGGUCAAACCAAGAACAUCAUAUUAUGGUAAUGGCGAGACUUUCUUGUUUAAGAUUGCACCAGAGUUCCAAGUGUUCAAGUGGACAAAAGAGAAUGAUCUAUUCCUUUAUACAUCAUUGGAGUAUUUGGCCAUUGGAGGAGGAUCGAUGUUUGGACUUUGGAUGGAUACUGAUUUCCUGCAUGGCUACAGUGGGCCAUGUGAGACCUUUAAGAAUGAUUGUCUGUCCUUUGCCAGUGACUUUAAUCCCAUCGUUGUAGAGUUCUGGGCCAUCCAAUAA